AUGCAAACUGUGGUUCUGCCAAAGCUCACCCCUUCAUUCCAAGCCAAAGUGCAAGCCUUUACAUUGAAUGAAUCCGUUUUCCAUUUGGAGCGAUACGUUGACAGUGAUCACGGAGGGACAGUGGCUACAAUUUGUUUCUCGGAGGAUGAAAUCCUGCAUACCGAACUGUUGAACACAUCCGUCGCCUUUGCCCUUCGGCAGUAG